UCUGGCAUCACCACCGCCCCCUCCUCCCCAUCCCCGCUCCUCCCGCCACAUACAGCUCUAAGAUGCCUCGAUAUGAACUGGCUUUGAUCCUGAAAGCCAUGCAGAGGCCUGAGACUGCAGCUGUGCUGAAGCGCACUGUUGAGGCUCUUAUGGAGAGAGGAGCUGUUGUGAGAAACCUGGAAAACCUGGGAGAAAGAUCUCUGCCUUACAGAAUCUCCAAGCAUAAGGAGCGCCACAGAAGAGGAGGGUAUUUUUUGAUAGACUUGGAAGCCCCACCUUCGAUUGUGUCAACCAUGAUGGAUCACUUAGGACGUGAUAUCGAUGUAAUUAGACCUGCCUUUAUCAAGCAUCCUGUAUCAAAGACAGAAGAAUGCAGUGGCAUAGUCCCAGUCAGCUAUGAAGACAAACUAAUUGCCAAGAAGAAGUGAAUAUUCCAACUAGAAUGUUUCUAAGUUUUUUUUUUUAAACUAUCUUUUUUAUUCCUGCUUUGGAAACAGUUGUGAUAUCUAAUGCCCAUCAAAAAUCAGUUUGAGCCAUGUUACAUGUGUGGUUACAAUACACUAUCUUCAGUUACUGUAAAGUUUGAAGUUUCUUUUUGUUCAAAAUUGUUUGAAUAGACUUAAUCUAUAUGCUUAUCUUCAUAUUUGACAAGUGUGAAAAUUGAUUUUCUUUUCUCUUAGAGCAUUACUUUGAUGAUGAAGAUUUAUCCAUCAGCAGAAUGCUAAAAAUAGCAUUCUUUUCCAAAAAGAGAUGACUUCAGAAUAUGUGUAUUUACAUGAGAGAGAGGAGUAUAGGAUGUGAUUUGUUGGAGGUGAGGGUUUGUUUUUUUUUGCUUGUUUUUGGAAAAAGGUAAUAAA